UCAAGCCGAUCACAAUCCGACGGCUGCCAUCCACACCUCGUAAACCCGUGCUAAACCUCUCAGCCGCAGCUCCUUCCCUUCCCCAGUGCCGAAUAGCUUCUAGGGUUUCCCCGUCUCACCCCAGCCCGCCAACUGCCGCCGCCUCCGCCUCCAGCUUACCCUCCUAGCAGGCGCGCCGCGCGGGACCCGAUCCGUCGUCGUGGGGAUUCGAUCUCGCUGGGGAAGUGGAGAUGAAGCCGGUGGUGGGGAUCGUGGUGUCAAACAAGAUGCAGAAGUCGGUGGUGGUGGCUGUGGACCGCCUCUUCCACAACAAGGUGUACAACCGCUACGCCAAGCGCACCUCCAAGUUCAUGGCGCACGAUGAGGCCGACGCCUGCAACAUCGGCGACCGGGUUAGGCUGGACCCUUCUAGGCCCUUGAGCAAACAUAAGCAUUGGGUUGUUGCUGAAAUUCUUCGCAGAGCUAAGGUGUAUGUACCACCAUCUGCAACGGCAUCCAGUGAACAUGAUACCAAGGCUCAACAGGCUGGCAUUGCUACCAAAUGAUCCACCUGAAGUUCCUAUGAGGCAAAGACACAGUUAUCGAUUGGUUUUCACUGUAUGUUCGUUUCCUUGUGGAUGUGAUGUUUAAUCCAUGGAAGAAAUAACACGGCAGCCGUCAUUUCUGCUGAAUUUGGUUUGUUCUUCUGUAGCCCCUCUUUUGAAUGGCAGCCAACGUGGAUGUAAUUACUGGCAUUAACGAGACCAAUGGAUUCAUGUCAAGCAUAGUACUCUCCACUUUCGAGA